AUGCUGCAGAGAGCUGCGAGUAAUGCGUAUUCAUGGUGGUGGGCGAGUCAUAUUCGAACCAAACAAUCUAAAUGGCUCGAACAAAACCUUCAAGAUAUUGAAGAGAAGGUGCAAUACGUGUUGAAGCUUCUACAAGAAGAUGGAGAUUCGUUUGCGAAGCGUGCAGAGAUGUAUUACAAGAAGAGACCAGAGCUCAUAAGCUUCGUCGAAGAGUCCUACAGAGCUUACAGAGCUUUAGCUGAGCGUUACGAUCACAUUUCAACAGAGCUUCAAAAUGCAAACACCACGAUCGCCUCUGUUUUUCCUGACCAAGUCCCAAACUUUGCGAUGGAUGAUGACGAUGACGCCAUGUCCAAAUUCGCCAAGAAAUCGAAUGUUUCUGGUGCUAAUGUCCCCAAUGUUCCGAAACUGCCAGUGAAGGACUUCAAGAGCGCGGUGAAAGUGGCUACGAAGAAGCUUCAGCCGAGGAAAUCAAUGAAGUACACGGGCGGUUCUGCGAAUGUGGUUGUCAAGAGCUCCGGUUUGAGCAAACCGGAGGCGAUGGGAGAGAUUGAUAAGUUGCAGAAGGAGAUUCUGUCGUUGCAGACGGAGAAAGAGUUUGUGAAGAGCUCUUACGAGAGAGGUUUGUCAAAGUACUGGGAGUUUGAGAAGAGUAUCAAGGAGAAACAGGACAGGAUUUGUGGUUUGCAGGAUGAGUUUGGUGAGAGUGUUGCGAUUGAAGACGAUGAAGCUCGGAGAUUGAUGACCGAGACAGCGAUAAAGUCUUGUCAGGAGAAGCUUGUGGAGUUGCAGGAGAAGCAAGAGAAGUCUUAUGAAGAAGCUAGAGAAGAGCAUACGAAGAUUCAGGAGUCUAAAGAGAAGCUGAGAUCAAUGGCGAGCCAGUUUCUUGGGGAAGAACGUGUGGUCGACGAUGGUGGUGAUGAAGUUAGAAGAACAGAGGAGCUGGAGCAUGAGAUGAAAGAGAUGUCUAGGAAGAAGAAAGAGUUGGAGUCUGUUAAAGAGAAGAUUAGAGAACAUUUCGAGUCUGGUGUGAAUUCUUCGCUCAAUGGGGCAGAGAUGGCUGAGAAAGUAGAUGAGCUUGUGAACAAAGUGAUUAGCUUGGAGAGUGCGGUUUCUUCGCAGACUGCUUUGAUACAGAGGCUGAGAAACGAGACCAACGGUCUUCAGACGCAGAUCAGUACUCUUGAAACCGACAAGGCGGUGUUAGCAGACGACAAGAGUGAUCUGAGGAAGAAGCUGAAGGAAAUGGAGGAGAGACUCAAGGCGUUGCAGGAUUUGGACAGGAAUGUUAUGGAGAAGAGUACCAAUCUCUCUACACAUUUUGAUGAAGCAUGUAAUAAUCUUGAUAAUCUCUCUGGUGGGAAGAUGCAUGAAGUGAAGGAGAAAGAUUUGGAAGGCGAGAAGACAGAGGAACAUCAAAAGGAAAUGGCCGAGAAGAGUGAAAGCUCUACAACAGUUGCAGAAGAUAUCAUCAUUCCAAGUACAAGUCCAGAAGUUGCUUUGGAAGCUACUGAAAAAGUAGAUCCUGCUCCAGAGAAGCAUGUUACAUUUGAGAAAACGGAGACUGUUCUUGAUAAUGGUUUAGAGAAGGAAGCUGCAUCGGACAAGAAAGAGACUGUUGUUGAUAAUGUUUCUAAAGAAUCUGACAUUGCUUUGAAUGGCGAGCAACAAGAGGAACAAAAGGAGAAAGAAGGUGAACCAGAUUGGAAAGAGAUGUUCAUGAAGGGAAUGGAAAAUAGAGAAAAGCAUUUGCUCACAGAGUACACAACUAUUCUCAGGAACUACAAGGACAUGAAGAAAACUUUGGAUGAGACAAAAUCAAAGAACGCUACUAAAGACGAUGAGAUCAAGCUACUAAGAGAGAAAAUGAACCUCCUGCAAAAGGGUCUUGCAGACAGUAAUGAGUUGUUGGAGAAUCAGUUGUCAAACGACGACUACUCCAUCGGAUUCAUGGCUGCAGAGAACGUGAACAUGUCCCUGGUUGAGGAACAGUUCAGGUUGAAUAUCGAUGAGCUUCUAGAGGAGAAUUUGGAUUUCUGGUUAAGGUUCAGUACAGCAUUUGGACAGAUACAGAGCUACGACACAUCAAUCGAAGAUCUACAGGGUGAGAUAUCAAAGCUGGAGCAGAGAAGAAAGCAAGAUGGAAGCAGCACAGCUAAAUAUGCACUGAGGUCAGAUGUUAGACCACUUUUCUCACAUUUAAGGGAGAUAAACACAGACCUUGGUCUCUGGCUGGAGAAAGGUGCAUCCUUGAAAGAGGAACUGAAAUCAAGAUUCGAGUCGCUGUGUAACAUACAGGAGGAGAUAACAAAAGCCCUCAAGUCUAGUGCUGAAGACGAUGACUUCAGAUUCACGAGCUAUCAAGCUGCUAAAUUUCAAGGUGAGGUGUUGAACAUGAAGCAGGAGAACAACAAAGUGGCAGAUGAGUUACAGGCAGGGUUAGAUCACAUUACCACGCUUCAACUCGAGGUUGACAAGACUUUAGGAAAGCUAAGCGAGGAGUUUGGUCUUUCUGGUUCGAAGAAAUCCGAUCUUGAUCUCCAGCAUUCAGAUAGUCGCUCAAGAGUUCCCUUAAGGUCAUUCAUCUUUGGCUCCAAACAGAAGAGAGCAAAGCCGUCGAUAUUCUCCUGCAUGCAUCCUUCACUAUAUAGAAAGAUGAAGAAUUCUACAUAG